AGGAAUAAUACAAGUACAUAUGUUUUGCCAUCAUGUCUUGGUUAAGGAAAACUUCAGCAGGUUGGUGUCAUUCACUGACGUUAUAGAUUUAUGCAAAGAGUCUUCUUACAACCUCUGUAUGUGUGGUUGGUUUAAUCCUUGCUGGAAUCCUACCGCCACAUAAAAGAAGGUUGAGCUCUUGGAGUUUCAAGGGAAGGUGGAUUAGGAAAAGACACUAGAAUUCUGAAGUCUCUUCAAAUCAGUAGGAAAGGUUAGGUCAGCCGCUAUAGUGCUUCAUAAUCUUGAUUUGUCUUGCUUUCAUUUAAACUGGUCAUGUAUCAAUAUUCAAUACUGAACUUAGUCAAAAUUUAAGAGCCUG